AGAAGUAAUAUUAUAAUCGAUAUUAUUAAUAAUAAUGAUUUUUGGUCAAAACUCAAAUUGUUUUAUGAGUUGUUAAAACCAUAUAAUUAUGUUAUAAAAAUUCUUGAAUCAGAAAAAGCAACAUUAGAUCAACUAAAUUAUGUAAAUCAAGAGGGUCCAUUUUCUGCAUUAUCUAUUAAAAAUCCAAGUUUUACAAAAUUUCCAUUAAGAUACUGGCAUACUAUGCUAAGUGCAGCUCUGAAUUUAAGUGAAUUAGUAUAUCAUCUUUUAUCAAUUCUAUCUAAUUUUGCAACUUUUAAACAG